AUGAAUGAAGACAAUGCCCGUUUCUGCCUGCUGGCCGGGCUCAUCCUGCUGUACUUGUUGUGCGGGGCAGCCAUCUUCUCAGCCCUGGAGCAUCCCUUUGAGCUCCGUGCCCGCCGCCUCUGGAAGCAGCAGCUUGACAACUUCACCCAGAGAUACAGGGUCAACCUGGGGGCCCUGCAUACUCUGCUACGCCAGUACGAGGAGGCAAAUGGAGCUGGGAUCAGAGUGGAUGCGCUAAGGCCCCGCUGGGACUUUUCUGGAGCUUUCUACUUUGUAGGCACAGUGGUCUCCACUAUUGGUUUUGGCAUGACCACGCCAGCGACCAUAGCUGGGAAAAUAUUCCUAAUCUUCUAUGGCCUGAUUGGCUGUGCUGCCACUAUCCUCUUCUUUAACCUCUUCCUAGAGAGGAUCAUCACAAUGUUAGCUUACAUCAUGCGCUGGUGUCAUGAGCGUCGGUUGCGAUGUGCUGGGGUUGGGGUUGUGUCGAGCGGGGAGGAGCAGACCCGGGAGGAUGACAGCUUAGAAGGUUGGAAACCUUCGGUCUAUUAUGUCAUGCUGAUCUUGGGAAUCGCUUCAAUUGUGAUCGCAUGCAGUGCUUCCACUCUGUACAGCUCCAUGGAGAACUGGAGCUACGUGGACUCCCUUUACUUCUGCUUUGUGGCCUUUAGCACCAUCGGCUUCGGGGACCUGGUAAGCAGCCAGAGACAGCAGUACGAGUCUCAGGAGGCCUACCGGCUUGGGAACUGCCUUUUCAUCUUAAUGGGAGUAUGUUGCAUCUACUCACUUUUUAAUGUUAUUUCUAUAAUCAUCAAGCAAACUCUUAACUGGAUCCUGGGUAAGCUGGUCUGUUCUGGGCAGCAUCACCACAGGCGUCCGCCUGCACACCUCAGGCAAAAACGCUUAAAACGCAACACUGUGCGGCCCGUCUCAUCCCAUUGCCCUGCAGGAAGACACCGCUACACAGAUGGCUCAGUGGAGACAGUGUGUGACAGUGAGACAGAUGCUGGUGCAGUGGCCGAUGGAGUUUAUGUAGGCCGCCGACUGUCGGGGGAGAUGAUCUCUGUCAAUGAGUUCAUGGUGUCCAAUAAGGUGUCUCUGGCACUGCUGCAGAAGCAGCUGAGCGAAACAGCUCAUCAGGGCCCACGGCAGAGCUACAGCCAUCAAAAUGGAUUCUCUGGUGGCGUGGGGGCCUUAGCCAUCAUGAAUAAUCGCCUACAGGAAACCAGUGUGGAUAGGUAG